AUGUUACAAGGGCUUACUCUGCAAUUUCUGAAAGAGUUCCAUAUCGGCGUUGGCUCGUUGCUUCCCGACUUGGAACUUCAACGGACCGACGUCAGCGAAGUGCGAGAAGGCUUCGAGGCUCGAACGAGGGUUAGGUUCUCGACAUCUGUUCUCUUUACAUUGAGCAUUGGCGUUGAGUUGUUGACUCCAGUCUUUCCCGAGUACUUCUUGCUUCUUGCAACAAUUGCAAACAUUGGUAAGAAGAUAAGCCUGUCCUGCUACUUAGCUACUGGUCCAUUAUCGCACUGUGCUGCUCUAAUCUUGGACAAAAAGAGCAGAAGAAAAGAUGACUCUGAUCGUUCAACAGAAGAAAUCAAGAGAAACCCUUUAAUUCUGAGGAAAUUGCAAGAGCAUAAGCUGAUGGAGGCUCUUGAGGAAGCAUCUGAAGUUGGAUCUCUUGUUAAAUCCCAAAACAUGGAUUCUGAUUCCAUGGUCAAUCAAGAUGAGGGUUUGGGUCGAUCAAGAUCACUUGCUCGACUAAAUGCACAGGCAGAGUUCCUUAGAGCCACUGCCCUUGCAGCUGAGCGCACAUUCGGUUCAGGGGACUCCAUUCCCGAGCUUGUUGAGGCGUUCUCUAAGUUCCUCACGAUGUAUCCUAAGUAUCAGUCAUCGGAGAGGAUUGAUCAGCUGAGGGCAGAUGAGUACUCACAUCUCUCUGGUGCCAAUUCAAAGGUAUGUCUCGACUACUGCGGAUUUGGAUUGUUUUCAUUGCUACAAACUGUUCACUACUGGGAAUCGUCCACAUUUAACUUGUCUGAGAUUACUGCAAAUUUGGGAAAUCACGCUCUAUAUGGGGGUGCUGAGAAAGGCACCAUUGAACAUGAUAUAAAGACAAGAAUAAUGGACUAUUUGAAUAUCCCUGAGAAUGAGUAUGGCCUUGUAUUUACCGUGAGUCGUGGCUCAGCCUUUAAACUGUUAGCUGAAUCGUAUCCAUUUCAAACGAACAAAAGGUUGUUGACCAUGUUUGAUCACGAAAGCCAGUCUGUGAAUUGGAUGGCUCAGAGUGCUAGAGAGAAAGGUGCCAAAGUUAAUAGUGCGUGGUUUAAAUGGCCUUCUCUCAAGCUCUGUUCGACUGAUCUGAGGAAACAAAUUUUGAACAAACGGAGGAGGAAGAAAGACUCCGCUGUUGGCCUUUUUGUGUUCCCUGUGCAGUCCAGAGUUACAGGAAUGAAGUACUCAUAUCAAUGGAUGGCCCUGGCUCAACAGAACAACUGGCAUGUUUUGCUUGAUGCUGGGUCAUUGGGCCCAAAGGACAUGGAUUCCCUUGGAUUAUCUUUAUUUCGACCAGAUUUCAUCAUCACUUCAUUCUACAGAGUGUUUGGCUAUGACCCGACUGGAUUUGGAUGUCUUUUAAUCAAGAAAUCUGUGAUGUCAAGCCUUCAGAAUCAGUCUGGUCAUGCUGGGUCGGGUAUAGUGAAAAUUAACCCUGUGUUUCCUCUGUACUCGAGUGAUUCCAUGGAUUAUUUUCCGGGAUUUGUUGAGGACAAAGAAGUCGGUGGGAAUGAAGUUAACUCGGAAACUCGUCCAGGAUCUCAGUUGCCUGCCUUUUCUGGUGCGUUCACAUCUGCACAGGUGAGGGAUGUAUUUGAAAGUGAGAUGGAGCAUGAUAAUAGUUCUGAUAGGGAUGGAGCAAGCACUAUUUUUGAGGAAACUGAGAGUAUUUCUGUUGGGGAGGUAAUGAAAAGCCCUGUCUUUAGUGAAGAUGAAUCAUCGGAUAACUCACUGUGGAUUGAUUUAGGUCGGAGUCCACUGGGUUCUGAUAAAGCUGGUCAUUCAAACAAACUCAAUGUGGCCUCUUCAUCGCCACCAGUUUGGUUCACUGGCAGAAGAACUCGUCAGCAAAUUUCUCCGAAAGCACUAUCAAGUAGCCCGAUGUUUGACAAGGAAUCGAAUACAGGACAUCAUGAAGACUACCAUGUAUUAUCAUUUGAUGCAGCUGUUCGAUCAGUAUCUCAAGAAUUGGACCAUUUUAAGGAGAUUCCUGAAGAAGAACAAAUCACUGAAAGAAAUGAGGCUUCAGGAGAAUGUAGAACUCCAGAUUCUCAUCAUUAUCAUGAAAUUGAAGAAGAAACCGAUACCAACAAACCACUGAAUUCUGCUGUAAAUGGAUAUGGUCCCAACAACUUUUCUUCUUCUUCUAAUCAUAUAAGCAUUCAGAGUGGCUCAGCUUCAGAGAUAUUCCCCGAUAGAAAGGAAAGUGCAAUAAAACGAGAGACAGAAGGUGAGUUUAGGUUGCUGGAAAGGAGAGAAAGGAGUAGCAUUGCAGGUGGUAGAUUUUUUGGCAUAGAAGAGACGGAACAGCCUGGAAGCAGGGAAAGAAGGGUAUCCUUUAGCAUUGAAGACAGUAACAAAGCUCGUCUAAGCCAUACUCUGGAGCCUGGAGAAUUAUCAGCCACGAGCCUCGACAAUGAGGAUUACAUUAGUAAUGGGGAAUACGGAGGUGAACAAGAGCUGGACAGGAAUGAACCCGAGUUGGUCUGUAAACAUCUUGAUCACAUAAACAUGUUGGGUCUCAACAAGACAACCUCUCGACUCCGAUUCCUGAUUAAUUGGCUCGUAACUUCAUUGCUUCAGUUAAGAUUCCCGGGUUCAAACGGAAAGGACAGUGUACUACUUGUUCAGAUCUAUGGACCUAAAAUUAAAUACGAAAGAGGUGCAGCUGUUGCAUUCAAUGUGAGGGACAGAAACCGGGGUAUGAUUAGUCCGGAAGUUGUUCUGAAGCUGGCCGAGUCACAGGGUAUCUCUCUUGGUGUUGGCAUUCUCAGUCACAUACGGAUUCUAGAUAGCUCCAAACAGCAACGAGGAUCUUCAAGUCUUGAGGAUACAACCCUUUGCAAGCCAAUGGAAAAUGGCAGACAAGAUGGUAAAAGCGGAUUUGUCAGAUUUGAGGUUGUCACUGCUUCUCUUGGCUUUUUGUCUAAUUUCGACGAUGUUUAUAAGUUGUGGGAAUUUGUGGCUAAAUUUCUUGACCCAGCCUUUGUCAAAGGGGGAGUCCUUGCACCUGUUGCAGAAGAGGUAGAAGCAUGA